ACACAAACGCACACUCACGCAGCUAUAUGCACAUCAUCAUUAUAUACGUGUGAACGUCGAACACUUCGCAGUGAUUAGUCGUCGAAUUCGCAGUAACUGUUUAUUUAAGUGAGCAACCUUUUGACAUUGAUAAUGAGCUCCAACGGCGAUCACACCGAUAGUCACCUGCUCAUCCGAGCUCCACCAAUUGAUAUAAAGCAAUCGCCCAACGACGCGGUGCCACCAUCACCCACAAUGCAGCCUCUAGCGAUGCGUCGCAACGUAAGCGCCGACAGCCUACUGAUUCCCUCUAACUCGAAGGAGGCACGUGUCCGUGUCAUCUACACGGGCGGCACCAUCGGCAUGAUGCGCAACGAACGACACGUUUUGGCGCCCAUUCCAAAUGCUUUGGUUCGACUUAUCCGGAAGUAUCCGAAUAUUCAUGACGAGGAAUAUGCGCAGCGGCAUUUUGGCGCUGGCGCAUCGAUGGGGCCGCUGGUGCUGCCCUACGUGCAGGGCGAGGCAAGGCGAGUCAUCUACCAGGUGACGGAAUAUUCGCCGCUGCUCGACUCCAGCAACAUGACCAUGGAGGAUUGGGCGCGCAUUGCCAAGGAUAUUUACCAAUCGUAUGAGUUCUUCGAUGGCUUCGUGGUGCUUCAUGGCACAGACACGCUCUCAUACACGGCCUCGGCGCUGUCAUUCAUGUUGGAGAAUCUGGGCAAGACGGUGAUCAUAACGGGCAGCCAGCUGCCGAUCUUCGAGACACGAACGGAUGGCAAAGAUAACUUCACCUCGGCGCUGAUUAUUGCCGGCAACUAUGUGAUUCCGGAGGUGUGCAUCUUCUUUGGGAACAAGCUGCUUCGCGGCAAUCGCACCGUGAAGGUUAGCUCUAACUCGCUGGAUGCCUUCGAUUCACCCAAUGUGCCGCCAUUGGCCCAGAUCGGAAUCAAUGUCAACGUGGACUAUCGCCUAAUCUUCCGGCCAUGCACCGUGGAGCGUUUCUGCGUCCACUCGCAACUGGACGAGAAUGUGGGAUUGUUGCGCAUCUUUCCCAGCAUUUCGUUGGCCACAAUUCGCGCCUUCUUGGCACCGCCUAUGCGCGGCGUUGUGCUGCAAUCCUUUGGCUCCGGCAAUAUCCCAUCAAAUCGCAAAGAUCUGAUCGACGAGUUGAGAGCAGCCGCCGGUCGCGGCGUCAUCAUCAUCAACUGCACCCAGUGUCCAAAUGGUGCAGUUGCCGAGAUCUAUGAUACGGGCAAGGUGCUGUUCGAUGUGGGUGUCAUACCUGGAUACGAUAUGACACCAGAGGCGGCGCUCACCAAGCUAGCCUAUGUGAUAGGCAAAUCUGAAUGGUCGCUCGAGGUGAAGAAACAGAUGAUGCAAUCGAACCUGCGUGGGGAGCUGACUUCUAUGGGCGCGCAUUCAAUGAAAGACUACGACCUCGUCGAUGCAGUGGCUCGAUCACUGCAUUUGUCCUCACCGCAGGAGCUCAAUCAACUGGGCAACACGCUCUUCCCGGCCAUGAUCAACUCCGCCGUCAUGGAGGGCAACAUAAAGAAGUUGACCAACCUAAAAGCCUAUGGGGCCAAUCUCUCUGGCACCAAUCAUGACCAACGCACGGCGCUCCAUCUCGCCUGCCAGCUGGGCGAUGUGGCCAUUGUGCGUUUCCUCCUGCAAAACGGCGUCUCGGUGCACAAGCGGGAUCUGUGCGAGCGCACGGCAUUGCAGGAGGCCAUCUCAACGGAUAAUGCAGAGAUCAUUCAGCUGUUGAUUAGUUGUGGCGCCCAUUUGACUGGCUCCUCGCGUGCCGUGGGCGAACAGCUGUGCGCCGCUGCUGCUCGUGGCGCACUGCGUCGCCUACAAUCCUAUCAGCUGGCCGGCGCCGAUUUAAAUUUGGCAGAUCCUUCCGGCCGCACAGCGUUGCAUGUCGCUGCUCUCCAUGGCCACGUGAAGGUGGUGCAGUUCCUCCUGGACAAUAUGGAGGAGGCGGAACUCAAGGAUUUGAUUGGGCUGACUCCAUUGGACUAUGCCACACGUGGCGGCCACUUGGAGAUCGUGCGUCUGCUAACGUCCGAUGACCCGCAACUGGAUGCCUAACAGUUGGCUCCUCCAACAAUUGCUUCUGAAGGCUCAAUACUAAAAGUUUCUUUGUACAAAUACGUACGUCAAUGUAUGUAUGCAUAUACAUAUAUACCUAAUUCAGUCGUGUUGUGCGCACUUAGAAC